UGACGAACCCACCUUUGCGCCCGUCCGAACGUUUUCUUGUCAAACCAACUGACAAGCCAUCUUUUAUUUCAAUUCAACGUGUUCAUCCCCCCUGACAGCUUCACCGCGUGAACAAAACGCCAAAUAUAUCCCACAAAGAUGUUUUUUUGUGGAUUGGAUGAGAUCCAGAUGGAUCACCGAUUGCUUUUUGUCCGAGCUAGCCAAGCGGCAUAGCUGACAGUUCACGUUCUAUCCUGGGACUGCUGCAGUACCUUCACCUUUGUGUACGCGUCACGCAUAGACAGCAAGCCUCCCUCACACUAGAGGCGCAACUAGGGCAAGCUCGGAUGUCCGGUCACAACGGACAAGCGGGAAGCAAAGGGGAUUUCCCACCAGUAACUCAAUAAGCAUUUCUAACUAUUUCUUCUAGAAGCAUGACUGCAAAUUCUUUGUCGCGUUUUGUUUAUAGGUUGAGCAGAGUAAUCCAGGACUUUCUCAAACAAAAUAUUCUUCAUUGUCAACAAACACAGCACUGGCCACCCCAUCUUGAUACUAGCUCUGGUUCUGGAUCUAGUUCUGGCAGAUCUCUGGCUUCUAGUCAACAGAAGAUCGUCCCUCGGCAAGGCAGUCUAGUGUUAGCUCAAUCCACAAGGCACGAGCACCCAUCAUGUCGUACACACCCAGUCCGACCCCUUCAGCGGACGAGGAGACUCUCGGCCUCCCCCGCAUUCUCUGUCUCCACGGCGGCGGCGUCAACGCGGACAUUUUCCGGUUGCAGAUGCGCCCCAUCAUCACGCGCCUGUCAAGCCGGUUCCGCUUCGUGUUUGCAGACGGGCCGUUCAUCUGCCCCGCCCACCCAGCCAUCGGCGCCGUGUACGGGAACCACGGACCCUUUCGCCGCUGGCUGCGCUGGCUGCCCGAGCACCCAGAGAUCGACGGCGAGACCGCCUCGGAGGAGAUCCAGUACCAGCUCAGGACCGCCAUGGAGGACGACAACUACCGCGGCGGCAGGGGCGAGUGGGUCGGCCUGUUGGGCUUCAGCCAGGGCGCCAAGAUCGCCGCGAGCUUGCUGCUGGCGCAGCAGACGUUGGAGGCCUCAGGGCAGACGCAGGACUGCAAUUGGAAGUUUGGAGUCAUCAUGGCCGGACGCGCGCCCUUGGUGACCCUGGACGAGCGCAUGGGUUACAUCAAGGGCGUGCAGGAUGCGUCGGGGAUCGGGGCCGAGUUUACGGACUGGGCUGGGAGUGGCGACGAGGGCCACAUUUUGAGGAUACCGACCAUACACAUCCACGGCUUGAAGGACCCGGGACUUCACCUCCACCGGAAGCUGCUGGACAAGUACUGCUUGCCAGAGAGCACUACGCUUGUUGAGUGGGAGGGCGACCAUCGUCUUCCGUUCAAGGGACCAGACGUCCUUGCUGUUGUGGACCAGAUAUCAAUCGUUGCCAGGAGCCUGGGAAUACUAACAUACUAAUGGGUAGGAAUUCACGCAUUGGAAUGUGGUCUUUAGUUUCUCCUAUUCCCCCUUUUCUUUAACCAUUUAAUCACCGGUACGAUCAUAUAGAGUAACGGAGUGGAGGCCAUGUCCUAUUAAAAGUACGCAGAUAGAGUAAUCCAUAGAAAACCAACUAAUCACACUUGGUCGCGCUCGGGGAGCUUUCUCUCGCCUACGGAGGCUGUUGAAAGGGGUGAGAUUGAUGAUGAG